AUGGACACGGACGGAAAUUCAGGAGACGCGUCGAGGGUGGUCCAUGUGCGCUUCAUCACGAAGCUCGACCGUCCUUUCAAAGUUCCAAAUUCCUCCAUUUCCGUCGCCUCCAAUUUCACCCGAUUUGGCCUAUCCAGCGUCGUUAACAAUCUUAUCCAAACAGAGAAUCCUGAUUGGGAAGUGGAGCCUUUUGAUUUUCUUAUCAAUGGCGAGCUGGUUCGGAUGUCGCUUGAAAACUUCCUUCUUGCCAAGGGCAUUUCUGCGGAAACAAUAUUGGAAAUUGAAUACAUACGGGCUGUAGUUCCACGCAAAGAAGAAGAACCUUCGUUACAUGAUGACUGGGUCAGUGCAGUUGAUGGUUCUAGUCCCAGGUUUUUUUUAACAGGGUGCUAUGAUGGUUUAGGAAGGGUAUGGAAAGCUGCUGGUGUAUGUACACACAUACUGGAAGGACACAGUGAACCUGUUUCUUCUGUUAGCAUAAGCAAUCCAGAAGGUGCAGAUAGUGUUACCGUAGCUACUGCUUCGAAAGACCGGACACUUAGACUGUGGAAGUUCAAUGCAGAAGAUACCAGAAGAAAUCCUUUGAAGAUAAGUGCAUUCAAAAUUUUGCGUGGACAUAGAGCAUCUGUUCAAAGUGUUGCUGCUCAGACCUCUGGAAACAUGAUCUGUUCAGGCUCUUGGGAUUGCACAAUCAAUUUGUGGCAGACAAAUGAGCCAGUUUCAGAAGGUGACACUGUAUCAACAAAGAAGAGAAAAACCACUGGUCAAGCUAAGGAAUCUCAGUCGGAGGGGGAGGCUGUUUCUUCUCUAGUGGGCCACACACAAUGUGUAUCUUCUGUAAAGUGGCCGGAGCGUGAAACAAUAUAUUCUGCAUCGUGGGACCACUCUAUUAGAAGGUGGAAUGCCGAGACUGGCAAAGACUCGUUGAACAUAUUCUGCGGUAAAGCCCUCAACUGUCUUGAUAUUGGAGGUGAAAGUUCCGCUCUUGUUGCUGCUGGUGGUUCUGACCCUAUUCUUAAGAUAUGGGAUCCUCGUAAACCAGGAACUUCUGCUCCUGUCUAUCAAUUCUCAUCUCACACUUCUUGGGUUACGGCAUGCAAGUGGCAUGAGAAGUCUUGGUUUCAUUUAAUUUCUGCAUCUCAUGAUGGAAAAGUUAUGCUGUGGGAUUUGAGAACUGCUUGGCCCUUAUUUGUCAUUGAUGCGCACAAAGACAAGGCACUAUGUGCUGACUGGUGGAGAGGUGAUACUGUGCUUAGUGGUGGGGCAGAUUCAAAGCUUUGCAUGACUUCUGGGGCUUCUGUGCUCUAUAAGCAGGAGAGUGAUUUGAAGAUGGAAGUUGCAUGGCUGGGAACAUCCUCAAAGCUCUCUCCACAUUUCUCAUGA